CACCAUGCAGCCACCAAUUCCCCUUCGCUCCCCUCAAUGCCUACGCGCGCCAUAAAAUCUAUAUUCUUCACUCGCUUCCAUCACGAGAAAGGCUCUCGCGUCCUACACCAAGUUCCCGAAGGCAGCAUAACCUCGUCGACCUCCCCAUCUGCCCUUCGCAACCCGCUGUUCACAUUCUCCUCGAUAACCUCAUAUCUGAUACCCAACCAACAAUUUUGCGACCGUCUCCUCACCUUUUGCACCAACCACUAUCGCGUCGUCAGCUACCCAGUGUGCAUUCGCGAGAACAACAAGUACAACCGCAAUGAAUUCAUCUUCAACUUUGCGCUGGUCGUUGAGGAAGACUUGGCAGACUGGGUAGCAUAUGGCGAGGUGGCCAGAAAGCUGGGACGAUUGCUGAGGGGACUGGAGGAACAAGGUGGAUUUUUGAGCAGCGAGGAAGACUUGAUGGGGGUCUGGGAAGACGAUGGCCCGUAUGGAAUGUAUCCAAGUUCCGAAGCAUAUAGUACUUGGAUGUAUGGCUCGGGAGGAGGAAGCAAAGUUUACGCGCUAUGCGAAAUGGUGCUGGAGGACUUGAAUAACUACGCCGAGUGUAUGAUACCCAUUGAUGACUCCAAUACCAUCAACCUAAAGCUAUUCCCCACUCGUGCUCCUCCUCCUCCAAUCUACGUCCAUACCGUCCCUCUGCUCACCAUGUCCCUCUCCACUUUAUCGCGCCCUCUGUCCUCGGACCUAACACUCGCCCGCAUUCUUCCCCACAUCAACGGUGUCAACUCCGUGUCGCACAUUGCCCAGCUGGCCGACACCGACCUUUCGCUAACUAGAAAGGCGAUUCAACAUUUGGUUUAUUACGGUUGCCUUGUUCUCCUCGAUGUCUUUAGCUUCAACGCUGUGUAUGCCCCAACCGCCGAAAUUGGGGGAUUCAUCAUCGACGAAACGGUAGGAGAAGAGUGUGGGCGAUACGUAUGCAUGCCACAUGCGUACCCGGCAUCCAAUGGUCCCGGAAGUAGUGGAAUGAAGGGGGGUUCCGACUCUAUUCGCUCGCGAGAUGAACGCUCGUCGACCUCCUCAAUAACCUCACAGCACAGUCAAACCUCCUUCACCUCACACUCUUCCACGCCUCGUGACCCUUCAUCCUCUUCACCCGACCUCCAAAAUACCUCCAACGACGAAGUCCCCCUCAUUCCCCACUCGACACUCAUCACUCUCUACACCUCGCUGCGCCAAGGUCUCACUUUGCGCAAUUGGGUGUUGGAAAACAUGGCACUCCUUGCAGGCAUCGACGUCCGGCGCCUCAUCACUUUCGGCAUUAUAAAAGGCUUUCUCUACCGCGUCCACAAAUACGCUGUGGCAUCAUCAAUCCCUCUCCCCCCAGCCCCACCCACCUCGCUCCAGUCCGCUGGCGACACAUCCACAGUCCACAGCCCUGUCUUAGCAGGCUACUCCAACUCCAAAGACCCCAUUGCACAAGGCGCAGCUGCAGCACUGCGUCCUAGUAUCGCGUCGACGCUCAUCGGGGCUACCGCUGCUGCUGCUGCGACGGCGACGGCGGCGACGCCCGGCGCUUCGAGUGCGGAACGUGGUGGUCGUGUUGGAGGGGAUGAUGCGGCAAGGUUGCAUCGGUUGGUUAAUUCGGACCGGGAGCAGGGGUUGCCUUUGGUUAAGUUUUUGGACGGUAUGCAUUGCUUUGAUGAGAUCUGUACUGAGUUGGGGUUGCCCGAGAAGGUGGUGGAGGGGAAAGUAAGAAGUCUGGGCGAGGUGCAGAUUUUCUGUAGAUGA